GACAAAUACCUUUUGAGUUUUUUGGUGCUACGUUUUUCGUUUGCCUUUUGUUGUUGUUGAUCUUCCUUUUCCGUCUCUCAACUUCUGGCUCAAGAUGUUGAUGUCCAAGAAGAAUCGUGUGGCCAUUUAUGAGCAUCUCUUCAAGGAAGGGGUCAUGGUGGCCAUGAAGGACGUGCAUGCCCCCAAACACCCCGAAUUGGAUGUGCCCAAUCUCCAAGUGAUCAAGACACUCACGUCGUUGAAGUCGCGUGGCUACGUCAAAGAACAGUUCGCCUGGCGUCAUUAUUAUUGGUACCUCACCAAUGAAGGCAUCCACUAUCUGCGGGAAUUCUUGAAUCUGCCCCCCGAGAUCGUUCCCUCCACAUUGAAGCGACAGACGCGUGCCGACGCUCGUCCGCGACCCUCUGCCGGUCCUGGUGGUCCUGGUGGACCCAAAAUGGGCGAAGGUGGCGACCGUGGUUCCUACCGACGAACUGCUCCAGGAGGCGAUAAAGUGGGUGCCGCCGGUGCUGGAUCCGCGCCUAUGGAAUUCCGUGGUGGUUUUGGACGAGGAAAAACUGAAUAAAACACGAUUUGCGCGAUUCAUUAAACAUUCAGACAAAAAACUAGACUAAUGACCAGCA